CCGCGCAGUGACAAAGGGAGAAUAGAGAAGAGUGUGGCCGAGAAGCCGCUGAACGAGAAUAACAAGGACUCAAGUCCAGAGAAGCCAAACAAGGACAAGCAAGACCAUAAACAAGAGUUAAACGGCCUUAAGUUAACAGUCAAGUUCCAAGCCGAAACUAUUUGUAAUUUGAACAAGCUUUUUGAAACUGUGAAACAGCAGAACGAUGAUCUGUGUUUGCAACUGGACAAAUGUAUCAAGAUGAAAACAAUAAUAACAUCGAUGACAGAUUUGCAACAGUCAAGAUGUGCGACCACCUGUGGUCAGGACAGAGCAACGAAUAUUGACGUGGCGAUAUCCUUGGUAACUGAUACCGAAAACCGAAUUACCUUGGAUAGAGUUAAAAGUUUUGAAAAGUUAUGCUUUUCGAUGAAUUCCCUAAACUUGGUACAAGAAUCUAUAAGAACGUGCGACGGCAAGGAUAAACUGAAAGAAAUUGUCGAAAGUCGAAACAGCGAAAGACAAGAACUGUUUGAAAAUACAAAGAGCUUUCUGGGAGAAUUCGAAUCCUUGAAUAUCACCGACCGCGGGCAAAAACUCGAGGAAGCCCUGAAAAAGCUGAGUGUGUUUCAUCACCGAUAUGAUGGAGAUGAGUCGCUCGAUGAAGCUGUGAAGAAUUACAAAGACUGGAAGGAAAAGGAAGCAAAAUCCGAUGGGAUAUCUGCGCGACAAACAACAGAUGAUAUCUCAAGAAAACUUUCGGAGGAAUUUAUGAAACUAGGAAGUUACAGUUCACGUAUGUUAGAUCCUGAUGAUGAUUUUAGCAUAGAUGAUUAUGAGACUACUGAUGUGAACUCAAUUGCGAAGCAGUUGAGUGAAGCUGUCGCUGAAGAGGUUAGCGAAAAUCAGGAAGGUGAUGAUAAUGCAGAGGAAAUCAAAGUUCUCGCGGCAUUGAUAAAAUGUCUCAAGAAUGAACUACAACAAGAAAUUGCUGUUGUUAAGCAACUGAGGUCACGUGCCGACGAGUGCGCGAGAAUUCAGGACGACUUAGAGACAUCGUUGAACAGGGAACCAGACAUCUCAAAAAUACUCGAAAUUCGCAAGAAUUUAAAGAGUGUAAAAUCAAAAUUCCGACACAAAUUGGCCGACAAAAAAGACUUGGAAGAGAGUGAUGAAGUCGUGGAUAAUGAAGAACUUAAACAGGUGGAGAAUGAUCUCAAUGAUUUACGGCUGCAGCUACACGGACUUCUUGUUGACGAAAAGCUUGCUUUGGGAGAACUUGCCGAAGUCGCCGUUGAAAAUUUCCCAGAAUUACCCGUGCAAUAUCCUGAGUUUGGUCUGCAGAAAUUUAUCGCAAGCAACGGUCUUGUUAAACAAGGCUGGGAACUAACUUACUACUGGCAUGGCGAGAUGGAAAACGUGAUGGCGUCAUCGCAACUGGGGCUCGCGUUUGUCACGAUGUUCAAUGGAGAAAAGUGUUUACUCAAGGAAUUCAGCUUUGAGGAUGUAGUUGAUACCGACUUAUUCGAGACACAGGCCGCCGCUUUCAGUCGAGUCGAGCAUUCAAGUUUGAUGAAAGUCGAAGCUAUAUUUUAUGAUAAGACGCACAGGAAAGCAUUUAUUCAGCUUCCUUAUUACGAAACAAGCCUACGAAAAUGGUUAGAAGGCAAACCUUCUAAUAAGGCAAAGCGUGACGUCAUUUGUGACAUCGUACGUGUUUUGUUCGAGCUGCACAAGGCCGGCAUUACCCACGGCUCAGUUGUGAUUGAUAAUAUUUAUGUGGACAAUAACGACAGAGGGAUCUUGGGCGAAUAUUGUUUCAUCCGCGAUACGCAACAACGCGUAUCUUCGACCGCGGAAUUGUUGCUACAAAACUCAGCUCCAGUCUCCUGUGAAGCAUCCCCGGUGUUCGAUAUGUUUUGCCUUGGCGACAUCGCUUGGGUGAUAUUUCUGGGCGAUGAAGUUGUGCCAAGGGACCUAACAUCGUUACAGACACAUUCACAGAGCAAAGCGGUAUCAUUCAUGCUGACCAAUCUCCUGGCCCUAAAUGGUGGCACCCGACCAACAGUCGGCCAGUUUGUGAAGCAUCUCUUCUUUACUGACGACAACUAUUUUGACAUUAUGGACCAAACCGCACCACAUUCUCCAGACCAAGUCACCCCUGACGAAUCUGGAGAAAAUGUAUUAUUGGCAGAAAAUGCCCCGCCGGAAGAGGGUACCCAACCGGAAGAAAGUUCCCUACCGGAUGAAAACACCCUACCGGAUGAAAGCACCCUACCGGAUGAAAGCACCCUACCGAAAAAAGUUACAUCGCCGGUAAUAAGUACCCCAGCGGAAAUAAAUGCCACCGCGGAGGAAAAUGCAUUACCGGCACAAAAUACCCAAUCAGAAGUCGAUACCCCAACGGAAAAUAUUCCCAUGCCGAAAGUUAAUUUUCCAUUAGAUUAUGAUGAUGCAUUAUCAGAGGUUAACACCACAUCGGAAUUAGGCAUCUCAUCAGAAGAAACGUGCCCUCCAGUAAUUCGUCCCCUGUCAGACGAAGAUACCACGACAGAUACAGUCGUACCGGAUGAAAAGCCCUCGUUGGAAGAAGCCUUGCCGGAAGAAUAUGCAGUCACACAGCGCAAACCACUAUUAGAUGAAAAUGGUUUAAAGAUUACCGCCGCGCUUAAUGGAAGAAUAUCAGAUGGGAAUAUGAAUGGAGAAACUGACCAACAAAACUCGCCCGAAAACUGGGAGGUGUGCUGAAAUAAGGUUGUCAACGGUGGUACUCAUGGACAAUGAUGAUGUAUAUGGAUAAGAGGGGUAAUAUGUGAUGUAAAGGGGCGAGUCACCGUUAACCCAUGCUGUCAAGUUUUAAUUUGUUCGUAGAUGAUCGCACUUCGGAUCGGGCAAAUUUUAGAAUUCUGUAUAUAGCCACACAUUUUGAACGUCUUAUAGUUAAAGUUGUGUUAUAAAGAUUUAUAAAUUGCAGAGAUGAAACAUUUUAUUACAUCAUGCAUUUCAAAGUAAGCUAUACUUAGCUUUCAGUACAUCGGCAUAUAGCCCUGCUGAAAUGGGAUUACGAUAUCAUUCUUGUGGAAACAUCGUAAAUAACAAAGUUCAAACAUUAAGUGACUUCAAAAGCGUCCAUUUUCAGGAACACUCUGGAGCCUCUGGAGUCUGUUCACAUGCACGAUCAUAUUUUGUCGGAUCCAAGUCCCAUUCUGACGGAUGUUUUAUAGUCUGUUGAGUUGCAAAGUAUAUGAGCAGCAAAUCGACUAAAACCAAUGGCAGCCAGGGCAGUACUGCUUUAUGAAUAACAAACUACAUUCACUAUGUCAAAAGUGAAUUGGGAUCCGACGAAGUUGCCCGUUUGUGGAAUAAAUAUGUAAUACAAGGAUUACACAGAUGAUUCUCUUAUUCCAAAAUCAAAAAUUCACUGCACGCUUCCUUUAAUCUUAGAAAACGAAAUCACGAAAAUAGCCCUGUAUUACUGGUUAUUGGUUAUAGCCUAUAUAUUUCGUUAACGGUUGUUGGUAAUGGCGGUUUUUCACUAGACGGAAUUUUUCGAUCGAACGAAAUUUGAAACACUGAUAGAAAUUCAUUGAACAAAAUAAGGCUA